AUGCAGCAGAGCGGUGCCCCAGCUGAUCUACAAAGGAAGCUCAGUAAGAAUAGAAAUAAAUGUGUCAUCUCUCCUGAAGGCAUCACAUCUGAAGGGUUUAAUGACACCGUUAAGCCCUUCACAGGCACCACUUCCUCCUACAUAAGUCAUACAGGGAGUGGAGGAGGAGCAUGUGCAGUUCCUACAAGCGCCAUGGAAGCACGCGUCCUCGGCUUGCGCGCUGAGGCGGUCCUGCAGCCUCUGCCUCUGGACGUCACCAGCCGGCUGCACAUCUUGUGCACUGACAAGGUCCUCCUCAAGCGGAGAGGCAAGCGGUGCACCCCACGAUCGGAUCCGGUGCUGGGUCUGCGCAGGGUGACUCUAUCCGGCUUUGCUGCGGCCAGUGCUGAUCUCAUGCGUGGAUCCCCCACUUGCUUCUUUUGCCAGGUUCUUAACUGCGUGGAAUCGGAAGCCCCCCGCUGUGCCCAGGCCACUGUCAUCACGCAUCUGACCUGUUGCCGUCGGCCCCUGAGUCGUGUCCCCACUUCCAGCCUUGGCCCUCUUCAUCUGCUCGUGACGCUGCUGGAUAAGAGGCCUUUUAAAAUGCAAGCUGACCAUAUUACCGCCUGCUUUCAUGGCUCUCAUUGUUCUCAGAUGAAGGACCUCGCGUGGACCCUAAUCUCUCUGCUGGCCGUGGUCAGGACCACUGCCUGCUCCCACGUGGUUAUCUCCAUCCUGCUGCUCCCAAAGGCUCUCCUCCCCUCCACCCCCAAGUUCGGUUAA